UCCAAAUCAGAUAACGCAUAAAAAGUUAAAAACUCCCUAAAUUUUCUAGAGAGAAUUUUCUCGAGAAACUUCUCUCUCUAAAAUCUCUCUCUCUAUUUCUAUAUCGCUUGCUGCUGUUUUCUUUUGUUCAUGGCCGUGAAUUCAAUGGUGUUAGUCUCUCUCUCAGCGUACUCGAAGUUUCAAAGAGCAAAGUGAAUAAAUGAUGCUUUUGGUGGCUCAAUUGUGUGAAUUUGGGUGACGUAUUGGUAACAAAAUGAAUUCUAGAUUUUCUACUCAAAUUCUUUGGUUUAGAACCCAAACAAAUAAUAAUUUGGGAUCAAACCUUGAUUCCGCUAGUACCCUUAUGGAACCACCCAAGCAAAAGGCUCGUUUCGAUGUGAAACUGUGGGGAUGGUCCCUCAUUUCCAUUUUUCCAUGGAUAGCUCUCAAUGCUAAGAAUAAUAUUAGAAAACCAACUACUAUUAAUAGACAGUUGAGAAAGCGAGCCCGGCAGUCUCAAGGAGUUGUUGAGAAUCGUACCGUUGUGCGCUUUAGGCCUUAUGUUUCCAAGGUUCCAUGGCAUACAGGUGUAAGAGCAUUUCUUUCUCAGCUGUUCCCCCGAUAUGGGCAUUAUUGUGGACCCAACUGGUCCAGUGGGAAAGAUGGUGGCUCUCCUAUCUGGGAUAAACGGCCUAUUGAUUGGUUGGAUUUUUGUUGCUACUGCCAUGAUAUUGGUUAUGACUCUCAUGAUCAGGCCGAUCUAUUGAAGGCUGACUUAGCAUUUCUUGAGUGCUUGGAGAGGCCAAAUAUGAGUGCGAAAGGAGACGCUAGAAUUGCUCAUGUUUAUAAGACAAUGUGCAUCACAGGUCUCAAGAAUUUACUAAUACCUUAUAGGACGCAUCUUCUAAAGCUAAAAUCAGGGACGCCUAUAAUCCAGUUCGGAUGGCUAAGUAAUGUGAGGUGGAGAAGUUGGAAUAUGCAAAAGACUUAAAAAAAAAAAAAAAAAAAAAAAGGAUUAGGAGUUUUUGGAAGUGGUUAGCGGCAGUACCUUCACUUUUCACCCGUUGAAACAGAUUGUCCCAAAUCUUUCUUUUUUAUAUUCAUAGUUGUUAGAGUGAUCUAGCUUUUGAAAUUGUAAUUAAUUUAGACGGCUUUUGUCAGUAUCUUUUGGGGUUUAUCAAUAUUAGGGUGAUAUUGUGGUAGUUUACAUCAUCCACUAUACUAUUUGGGUAUUGGACAAUGUAAAUAUAUUCUUAUAUGUAUCUAAAUGUAUGCACAUAUUUGCUUCUUUAGACUAAUAUAACAACAGGUUAUAAGGAA